AUGGCUUCAAACGAUGAAGAUGAGGUAGAGGGGGCUUGGUAUUUUGGAUCAAAUGCAUACCAUUCACAGUCAAGCUCCAGUUCUGACGAGGAACCACAAGAAAUUGAUGCACAACAAAUAGAACAGCAAGAUCAACGUAAAACAAGGCUUACGAACGAGUUGAGGCAUCUCAUUUUACAUGAAAUGUUGUCACUUAAAGUAAGUGACUCACUCCCACAUGGUACAUUCGUACGAAUAGCAAACAAAUACGGUUACACACCAAGAUCAAUUCGAAACUUAUGGAAACGUGCAAUUGAAACCAAAGAAGAAAACAAGCCUUAUGUUGUCGAUUCAAAGUACAAGAAUUGUGGAAGAAAAAGAUUUCAAGUGCCACCAAACGUACUUGAAUCAAAACCAAUGGGUGAACAUGCAAACAAGGCAAGAAGGGUUGAGUGGAUUUUAAGUCUCAUUCAAGAAGAUACAAUUCAUCAUCAUCUAAUGUAUAAAGGUAUGUAUGACUUCAUACAUAUUGAUGAAAAAUGGUUUUACUUAACCAAGAAGACACAAAGAGUUUAUCUAGCACACAAAGAAAAUAUUCCAUAUAGGGCGGGAAAGUCAUCAAAAUUCAUUCCAAAAGCCAUGUUUUUAGGGGCGGUUGCAAGGCCUAGAUGGAAUCAAUAUGGCCAAUGCACAUUUGAUGGGAAAAUCGGAAUUUUCCCUUUCAUAAGUAGGGUUGCAGCACAAAGAAAUUCAAUUAACCGUCCAAGGGGGUCUAUAGAAAUUAAACCAACUGACUCGGUUACUCAAGAAGUUUAUAGGAGCAUGCUCAUUGAACAAUUAAUUCCAGCAAUUCUUAGAAAAUGGCCAAGUGAUGGUCCAUCGAUAAUUUUCAUCCAACAAGAUAAUGCAAGGGUUCACAUAACAAAUGAUGAUCCAAUUUGGCAACAAAACAACAGGCAAGGGGGCUUAACAUUCAUUCUAACUCAACAACCACCAAAUAGUCUCGAUUGUAAUAUUCUAGAUUUGGGUUUUUUUAGGAGCAUACAAUCACUUAUGCAUAAGAAAAUGCCAAAGAACAUGAAUGAGUUAAUAAAAGCAGUGGAAGAUGCAUUCGAAGAGUUACAUCCAAAGACUUUAACCAAUCCACACCUAGGGAAGAAAGUUCAAGAAGACAAUGGAAGGUUACGAAUACAAGUGCGAGUACCAUCACAAUUGGUUAGGGAAUGUGUACGUUUCCUUAACCCAAGCUCAAAUCAGCAAGGCACACAAACAGAAAAUGAAGAUGUUGCACAACAUAAUCAACAAAUACUUGAAGCAUAUGAUGAAGCAGUGGAAGAAUCUCAAAGAUGA